CCGCCCGCCCUCCCUCCCUGCCAGACUCGUGUUUUGGAAUGUCAGUGGCGUCUGUCAGGCGUUGUUUAGCUGUUUGUGCAGCCAGUCUGUUGCACCGAGGGUUAAACCUUCUUCAGUCUCUCGCCCACGAACCGGUUUAGACUGGUUUUCUGGAAAGUGCUUUGUGUCUCCCAGUGAAUCCUGGGAAGGGUCAUGUGGAGCCCCAGUGAUGUCACGGAGAUGAGAGAGACCUUGAGUCAGCUUUCUUUUAUCAGAUGUGAGAUGAGUGUGUUUGUGAGAGGGCAUCCUAUGUAUAGUAACAGAGGCAUGAGCCGUCAGUCUGCAGGACCGCCAUCACUACCCCACUGUCCCACUAAUGGAGAAAAAGUCAAGUUUUAAAAAGUUUUUGGAACGGAAGGGGUUAAAUUAUCCCACAAGAGCAGGGCACUUCCUGUGCUGCACAGCGACAGACGCCUCCCUUCAUUUGUCAGUGCAAGGAAAGACUUGGUUCUCUAAAUAGUACAGUCAUCUUCCCCCCCCACCCCCACCCCAACAGGGGGUCCCAGAUUCAGCACAAUGCCUGACCAGGGAACAGAUUCUGUGAUCUUACACUAUGGGGAAUGGGAGUAGGAUAGUGGCAGUGCAAUCCUUGAUAUGACUGGAUAGCUUGCAGAGUGUAUGUAGUGGUUGUGCUUUUCAUAGGACCUCUCUCUUCAGUUGUCAGGUCCUUGUACGAAUGCGUUUUGAACAAUCCACAGUCUCCAGGGAGAGUUCUUGCUGAAGUUUAGCAGUGGAAGUGUCACUGGGUUUGUGCUCCUCGCCAGGGCUGCUGCUUCCUAUUAGCAAAGCCCUGUUCUUCAUUUCUGUUUCAGCCUGGGCGUCCGUAGAGAUGAGGAUGGCUUGCACCAUAACAGUUUCAAUAACUGUAAUUUUUGUUCUAUAAUGAUCAGUCUUUUUUAAACGUUUACUGACAUUUGUAAGUCUUGUAAUAUGCAACGCCUCCAGUAUAAUUCUGUGUUAACAAAAAAAAAGUACUUUUUCUAUGUAUCGUAAAAAAAAAAAGCAAACUCCCAGCGUUGAUACAUGGGCUGAUCAGGUUAUUUAUCUGUGCCUGUGGACGGCAACAUUAAAUGUAUUUUGUGUGUGUUUUAUUGAGGCUCCUACAGUAGGUAUUGGAAGUAAAGUUUUGAGCCGGUGUGAAGGUAUAUCGAGCGUACCUGGUCCGAGAAGGAGGAACCUGUUCAUUUCUUCCUGCAAAUCGCAGGCUGUCAAACUUGAAACGCAUUUCAGGGUUUCAGAAAAGGGGAGCUUCUCAAAUACCUGUCAUCAGUUGUGUCUCUAUUUGUGCUUGGGGUGACCCUGUUAAAAUGGGGAACCCGUAUCUUAAAUAAAUAAAUAACCCCCCCCACCUCCCCUUUUCUUUUUUUCCCUUGUUUCAUUUUGUUCUGACAGUACUGGAAAUAAAAACUUCAUAAGAGGGGUCUGCUAGAAUGGAGCAGACCGUAGAGUCGUCUACAGAAUGUGAGUAAAUUAAGGGCCCCACCCCCCACCCUUCACCCCCCCCUUGCUAGAAAUGUCAUCCCCCUUACAGGCAGAUCAGAACCUGAGUGGUGAGGCUGUCCGUCCGCCUGUCUGUGUCGCUCGUCUGGACUUCCCCAUCACUGGCACGAGGUUUUGAGAUGUCAGAGGAGGCGGUGCGCCGGACGCGCAGUCAGAAACGGGCGCUGGAGCGAGAAUCGCUCCCCAGCGAGGGGGACCCCAAGAAGGUGAAGCUGGAGAAGGGGGACCCUGUGAAGAGCGAGGAGGAGGGAGGAGGAGUGGGGGAUCUGAAGGUCAAGGCAGAGCCUGGGACCCCUGCCUCUGCCACCAGCACCAAGGUGCAGGCCAUGCUGAAGGGGGGGGAGGUCAAGGCCACCAUCAAAGUGGAGGUGCAGACGGGGGACCAGCCUGUCGACAUGAGCACUGCCAAGAGCGAAGUCAUUAAGAAGGACAGGCGAGUUCCUUCUCCGGAUAUCAUUGUGUUAUCCGACAACGAGCCUUCCAGCCCACGGAUGAAUGGCUUGAGUAAAUUCUCGAAGGAAUUGAACACGGACAUGCUCCUGAAGAGCAGCCCGGAGGAGCGCGAGCGCAUCAUCAAGCGGCUGAAGGAGGAGCUGCGGCUGGAGGAGGCCAAGCUGGUGCUGCUGAAGAAACUGCGGCAGAGCCAGAUCCAGAAAGAGAGCUCGGCACUGAAGCCUGCAGGCUCCUCGAGCGCUUCCGUGGCCACGCCACCCCCCCUAGUCCGAGGGUCGCAGAGCAUCGCUGCAGGCAAGGGAUCCCUGCAGGUGUCUUCGGGUCGCAGCUCCGGCACGGUGAUCCCGCCUCCUCUGGUGAGAGGCGGCCAGCAGCUCUCCUCCAAACUGGGCUCCCAGCAGCACCCGCAGAUAGUCAUGCCUCCGCUGGUCAGGGGGGCACAGCCCGUGUCUGUGUCUUCUCAGCAAAUACACAACCGUCAGCAGCAGCAGCAGCAGCAGCAACAGCAGCACUCUGGCUCAGGCCCCCCUCCCCUGCUCAUGGCCCCCAGGGCCUCCGUUCCAAACGUACAGAUCCAGGGCCAGAGGAUCAUCCAGCAGGGGCUGAUCCGCGUGGCCAACGUGCCCAACACCAGCCUGCUGGUCAACAUCCCACAGGCCUCCCCGACCAAUGUGAAGAGCUCCUCGGCACAGGGCGGAAUCGCCGGGGUCAAUGCCAACGACUCCCCCGCCAGCCGGCAGGCCGCGGCCAAGCUGGCGCUGCGCAAGCAGCUGGAGAAGACCCUGCUGGAGAUCCCUCCGCCCAAGCCCCCUGCCCCCGAGCUCAACUUCCUGCCCAGCGCUGCCAACAACGAGUUCAUCUACCUGGUGGGCCUUGAGGAGGUGGUGCAGAACCUGCUGGAGACGCAGGGCAAAGGCAAGGCAGCGCUGGCGUCGGUGACUCCAGCUCCCAAGGACCCCUUCACCUGCGCUCAGUGCAGGACGGACUUCACGUGCCGAUGGAGGCAGGAGAAGAGCGGCCCCGUCAUGUGCGAUCAAUGCAUGGCGUCCAAUCAGAAGAAAGCCUUGAAGGCCGAGCACACCAACCGGCUGAAGGCUGCCUUCGUGAAGGCGCUUGCCCAGGAGCAGGAGAUCGAGCAGCGGAUACUGCAGCAGCAAGCGGCCGCGCCCCUGCCUGCCUCCUCCAACGCCGGCUCCAAGUCCUCUGAGCACCACAGUCUGGUCUCGCAGGUGCAGCACCACGUCAAAGUGCGGACCCCCAGCCUGCCCCCCAACAGGGGCGUGAUUGGACGCCACCACGCCACGAUCAAACAGAGCCCUGGUCAGCUAGCGCGGGGUCCCCAUUCGACUGGCGCUCGCGGGGUGCUCCACACGUUCUCUCAAUCCUCGCAGCUCCAGAGUGCAGCUCUGGUCACCAGGCCAGGUAAGCAUGCUGUGCGUCACGGGAGCAAAGUCAGCACCUCCACCACCACCACCACCGCAGCCAACACCUGGAAGAAGCAGAGCCCCGUGAGCACAGGUGUCACCAUGGCGUACGUCAACCCCAGCCUCACCGUGCACAAGUCCUCCUCCUCCUCGUCCUCGUCCUCCGUGGAUCGCCAGCGGGAGUACCUGCUGGACAUGAUCCCCUCCCGCUCCAUCUCCCAGACGGCAAACACAUGGAAAUAGUCAGAGCAAUAAUAGGAAUACAAAGAAUAAUAAUAAUAAUAAUAAUAAUUAAUAAAGAAGAAGAAGAAAUCCUGUUCAUCAUCAUCAUCAUCACUAGGAAAUGGAAACAAGCCUUCAUCUGGGUCAGCGUUGCAGCACCAGUCACGCAGCAGCGCCCCGCUCCCUGUUUUAGUUUUUCCAGAACCAGUUGCUCAGUCUUGCAAAUCAAUGGGAACCUGCUGCCACACUUUCUUUCUGCCUGGGACUUAAAAAAAGAAAAAAAGAAAGGGAAGGGAGAUGGGAGACAACGGACUUAAAACCUGCUUCAUUUGUGUGUGUGCUUGUUUUGUUUUGUUUUUUUUCCCUCUUCACAAUCUGUUUCUGAAGACGACCAUCAUGUGACAAAUGCCCCCUCCCUUUGUUCUUGAAGCCUUGCGGAUCGACUCGCAUUGACAGACUGCUCCCGGCAGCUAAAACGGCUGCAAGAACUUGUAAUUCCACAUGAAAAUGGCUCUUAAACAACACUGGGGGAUGCAGACUGAAUGCACUGCUCCAGAGACUUGAGGGAGACAGGAUUUUAAACUGCAGAUGGGUUGAGUCUUUUUACAUUGUGUAACACCCCCCCCCCUUGCACACAUCUCCCCACCCUCCAUAGACACAUGCCUCUCCUGCCUCCUCCCACCUUAACUGCUGUAUUGAUUUUAGAUGACUACAUCUGAGCAGUGAUAACUUCUGUAAAGAAAUGCAAGCACAACAGCUCUUAACUCUUUCAGCACCAAGUAACUGCUGUUGCAAAUCGAAGCGUUUUAUUGCAGUGGUGCACCCAGGACCUGGAUAACCGCCCCGCUGUUCUGAAUGCAGUGUGCCUCUCCUUCACUGCCCCAGCAGUCUGCUGUUUUUGAUAGGAGUUGGUUUUUCCUAGAGUUCUCGUUUGAGGUCUGUGGUGUCGAAAGAGUUAACGCCUGAACGCUGUCUGUUCACACAGGGUUGCUUAUUGUUUCAGAGCUUGAGAAUGCCAUUUUAGUUUUUUUUUGCUGUCAUUUUAAGCUAGAUGCAAACAAAGUAAAGCUGUUUUAGGGUAAACGAGGCCAGGGCAAGGCGUGGCUGAGACCGCAGGUCACCUUGGGCUCCUUUCUGCUAGGGACGCAGGGGUCCCAUCGAAUCUCAUUGCACAUCGUUGGGUUAUUAAUAAUGCAGGAAAAGGGUGUGCUUCUAUGCCCUCUCCACUCUAAAGGUAUCUAUCGUUAGAUCAUUAUCUGGCUGGCAGUUGCGGAUAGUUCAUCUGUAUAUUUUUUCCCACGGGGGGGACGGACUGGGA